GCCACAGUCCGACCUGAGUAAACCAGUGAAGGUCUCUUUGACAGCAGGAUCCUUGGUGUCAGGUGCUGGAAGACAUGAUGCGCGUCGCUCUGCCUCUGUUUCUCCUCUCGCUGUUAUUGAAAGGUGUGUGCCUUUUGACGGUGAGACCCAUGAAUGCCAGGGAGGGUGAGAUUACAGUGCUAAAGUGCAGUCCCGGCCUUAAAAAUGUCACCUGGACCAAUCACACUGCUCAGGAGACGGUUCUGACCAACAGUCUGCUAUCUGGUGGGCAGAGAGAGGGGUCUCUGUUAAUGUAUGGAAGGAUGCUUGUCAUUCUCAGUGUUUCCUUGAGUCAUGAAGGGAGCUACUCAUGCUCUGUCAGGAAUGCAACAGCUGUUUGGUUUAAGUUGACGGUGCGCCCAAGGCUGUCCAAACAUGAUUCAGAGAUGGCCCGACACACUGAGAGGUGCAAUCUUGGCAAGGCCUGCAUUUUAGGAUGCCCUACUGACUUAUAUAUCCCAAUGCUUCAGAGCAGCGGCACUGUAUGGCACAAGGAAGAUGGGUCACUUCCAGCUUCAUUUAAAAACGGUUAUUUCAAAAGUGUAAAUGACCAUGAUCGUGGUGUGUACACGUGUACCAGGUCUUACCUAUAUCAGGGUCAGCUGUAUAACAUGACCUGCACAACAGCGCUGGAUGUGUCUGACAACAAUCAAGGCCUUCCAAUCAUCACCUAUCCACGUAACGGGGAGGUCCUUUAUGUAGAUUUAGGUGCACCAAAGGUGAUUGAUUGUAAAGCUAUUAUGUACUCCGACCUUGACGAGGUGCUGUGGUUAAAAGCAAACGCAUUUUUAGAUCAGAAUGACAGCUUACCAGUGUACUACAACUCUACACCAAAGAUACUAGGUAACCUGACCACAGCAUCUCUAAUCUUCCAUAAAGUGUCAGAGAAGGACCUGUCAUAUAAUUACACCUGUACACUGGACUCCCCCUCCCUGAGCUCCCAUGUCACCAUCAUCCUGAAACAAAGGGCUCGCCCAUUCUCCCUCUGUGUGAUUCUUGGCAUCAUGGGCUUCAUGGUGACGAUGGCCGUGACACUAUCAGUUAUUUAUGUGAAGCUGAAAAUCGACAUUACUCUCUUUCUGCGAGACACUCUUCGCUGCUACAGGAAAACUCCAGAUGGGAAGAGCUACGAUGCCUAUUUAAUGUGUUACGCGAGCAGCACAGGACUAAAUGAAAAGGACAGAAGAUUGCUGGAGGACACUUUGGAGGACGAAUUUGGCUACAAUCUCUGUCUCUUUGAUCGUGAUGUCCUACCAGGGGAAGCUGUAGCCGAGGCUGUGCUGGACUGCAUAGAGCGGAGUCGCAGGCUUGUUUUGAUCCCCAGCUCUCCAGAUCCUGGUCCAGGCUCUGGCCUACUGAGUGCCAUCCAUGAAGCCCUAGUGGAGCGGCAGACUCGCUUGGUUCUGAUCAAAACCAAGACGAAAGAGGAGCUGUGUACAGAGACGAAAGAGGAGCUGUGUACAGAGCUUCAACCGGCUAGCUCUUUACCCGAGGCCUUAAAUCUUCUCAGCAAGACCGGGUGCUCUGUCACCUGGAAAGGCCUGAGCUCCCUGGCCCUCUCCUCCUCCUUCUGGAAGCAGCUACGCUAUCACCUUCCAGCCCCACAACACUUAAAACCCACCACUGUUUCCAUAGACAAUUCAUCAGAUUGUUAGCUCAAAACACUUACCAUGUCAAAAAUAGGCCUUUAUUUUUUUACAUCUCUGGUUUCUGUAUGACAUUGCACUGAUUACAACUGUAAAACUGACUAAAAAAAAAAAAACUGUCAAUGUUAAC